UGUUUGGUCGAUUGACUAGGAUUUAUAGCAUGAGCUGGGCACGCGCUACGGCUAGAAGAUUCUUAUUUGCGAUAAAACUGGGGCUUUGCAGAAAUAAGAUUGAACAAAACUUUAUGAAAAAAAAUACUUAAAAGAAAUUCGGACUAGCAAUUUUACUGUUCAGAUGCUUAAACAAUUUAGUGAUAAACAUUUACGUACUUUUACAGUUUUUGUGCGAAUUUAAUAUAAAUUAGGACUAUUUUCUUUAUUUCGCCGGGGAUAACAAGACGACUUUGCAUAGAGGAAUGCUUUGAAGCAGUUAUAAAAACGAAACAGAUAUUGGUUUGCAGUCGGCUAUUGUAAAUGAAUAUACUUCACAUAUAUUCUCUGGGUUAUUUUUCUUCGCACACAUGAUUAUAUACCAAACAUCACAUUGUUUGAAACAUCGAUAAACAGAUGAAGGCAAAAAGUUCAAGAGGUACUUAGAAAAAAAAAGAAAGAAAAAAAAAUCGGUAUUGGAAUUAACGCUCUCUGUGAUAGCAGAGCCAAGGUGGUAAAACAAUUUAUCAAGAGUAAGUUAUGAAGAGAAAAUCUGAUACCAUUAGAAUCUAUUCCUCCGAAUUGAUGUGAAACGAAGGAAUACGUAAGAUAUAUGUGUGAUUUGUGUCCAAAUUCCGUGAAUCUUGGAUGUUUUGGGAAAUUUAUGGUUGUUGGAAGUUGAAGUUCGCGAAAAGUGUUAUCUUUCGUAUAUAUUUGGAUUAUACUUUGUAUGUGAAAUAAUAUACAUGUAAUAAAAGAAACAGAAUUGUUUACUUGACAAACUUGCGUGAACUGUUUCAGAAAAUCUAAAAACAAUAUGUAAGUAACAGUGAUAAAUUAGUUUAUGCAAAUGAGGAAAAAAGCAUAAUGUUUUUAUUUAAAAGAUUCACAUUUUAAUGUUAAUGUAUUAAUUAAAUUAAAUGAUAUAUCAAUAAUGACAAAGUGAGGAUUGUUCAUUCAAGAUGCAAAGAAAGGAAAUUUCUCAGACAUUUUUAAAUUCCAUGUAGGAAAUAGUUUGAGUUCGAUUUAUAUUAAAAUAAGUGUAUAGUUUAAUCUGAUAAUCAAAACAACGAAUCAUGAGCAGACGCGCGAGUUUAUUCGCAAAACAAAACCCGGAAGUUAAAAAGAAAGGUGUUCGGUUUCCGGAUGAGUUGGUAUUUUUGGACAAUAUUAAGGAAAAUGAUAUACAUGCUUUGGAUCACAUGCUGCGGAGAGCCAGCUUACAAGUUGACAUUAGUGGUAUUAAUGAUGUUGGUUUAACGCCUUUACAUCAAGCGGUGCUUGACGGCAAUGAAAGCGCUGUAAGACUUCUGGUAGCUCAUGGUGCAGAUAUCAACAAACAAGACGAUGAUUCUUGGACGCCGCUACAUGCCGCGUGUGCGGAAGGAUACGCUGAUAUUGUAGCAUUCUUAUUGGACAGCGGUGCAGAUAAAACAAUAUUGACAGAAGAUGGUGAAAGACCACUUGAUCUUGUAGAACAAUCAGAUUUCGAGACUAUUCGUGUAAUGUUGGGCCACGCCCAGUCUUGUGAUAAUGACCAGUCAGAUGAUGACACGUUGGAACAAGAUGGCGGUAUUUCCGUAUCCGGAUGACCUAAUUUGUUUAUACUCUAUUUUACCAAAGAUGUCUUUUUUUGUUGUUCUUAGAUAUUAUUCGGGAGUUUCUCAAUCUGUGACGGUUGACAGUGACUACUAGUAUCAGAUGUUUUUUACGAUUUAUUUGUGCCAUUAACUAUAAGUAUCAUGGAUGAUUUUUCUGGUGUAAUAUCCUUCAUUCUUUUGACACUGUUUUGUGAAAAAGGACAUUGAAUUCAUUCUGGUCGAGCAACUGAAUAAAGUGAUCAACUGUGUUACAUUUUCUUAUAUCAACUGGACUUGAAAUACUCAUAACAGUUAAGUUAGAAUUACAAUCAAGUGAUAAAAGCUAUGAAGUAGUUUGUUUCUGUGUUUAACCGUUAAAAUAGGUAAACAUACGAAAUGUUCUUUGAAUUUACGUCACAUAA